UCAAUUUAAUAGAAAACAUUAUUCUUUAUAAUUCAAGGUAGCUGUCCCUGCUUGUCAUAUGAUCAGUGCCUGAGCUGCAGGCUGGAACAGGCACUACCAGAACCAGCCUGACUGCAACAUCCUCAAGAAAUGACGCAUUUUCCAUCACAGGUAUAAAUAACACGAAUCAUUCUUCGUCAGCAGCCGCGACCUGCAGUUCAGAGCUCCUCAGCAGCACUGAGCGCUCCAACAUUCAACUAUGUGCGCUGAAAGGAUGCGCGCCGGGCUCUCCUAAAGCAAUCUCUCCAAACGCACGAGUUUCCCCACCAUGGAUGGCACCAAUAACACCACAACCUGGCCUGACUUGGACAACUUAACAGAGCCGCCCAAAGUUGAGGACGACGAGGUGAAGCUGAGUUACCAGGUGGUCACCUCCUUCGUGCUCGGCGCGCUCAUCCUGUGCGCAAUCUUCGGGAACGCCUGCGUGGUGGCGGCCAUCGCGCUGGAGCGCUCCCUGCAGAAUGUGGCUAAUUACCUGAUCGGCUCUCUGGCCGUGACCGACCUGAUGGUGUCGGUGCUGGUGCUGCCCAUGGCAGCUCUCUACCAGGUCCUGAACCGCUGGACGCUGGGGCCGGUUCCGUGUGACAUCUUCAUCUCCCUGGACAUGGUGUGCUGCACCUCAUCCAUCCUGCACCUGUGCGCCAUCGCGUUGGACAGAUACUGGGCAAUCACCGAGCCCAUCGAAUACAUGAAGAAGAGGACGCCGAGGAGAGCCGCGGUUCUCAUCAGCGUCACCUGGCUAGUCGGGUUCUCCAUCUCCGUGCCACCGAUGCUGGUGAUGCGCUCCCAACCCAGCAGCGAAGCGGAGGACCGGGCCAACCAGCUGGAGUGCAAGAUCAGACAGGACCCGUGGUACACGAUAUACUCCACAUUCGGGGCUUUUUACAUCCCGCUUACGUUGAUGCUGGUUUUGUACGGGCGGAUAUUCAAAGCGGCGCGGUUUCGGAUUAGGAGGACUGUGCGUAAAACCGAAAAAAAGAAGGUCUCCGACUCGUGUCUGGCGCUGUCCCCGGCGCUCUUCCACAAGAAGCCGCACGGAGACGCGCAGGGUAAGAGCUGGAAGAGGAGCGUGGAGCCGCGGCCGCUGCCCAGCGUCAACGGCGCGGUGAAGCACGCCGAGGACGGCGAGUCUUUGGAGAUCAUAGAGGUGCACAGCAGCUCCAGGGGCCACCUACCCCUGCCCAACACCCCGAGCCCCGCGCCCCUGUUCGAGAGCCGCCACGAAAAGGCGACUGAAGCCAAGCGCAAGAUCGCGCUGGCGCGGGAGCGCAAGACGGUGAAGACCCUGGGCAUCAUCAUGGGCACCUUCAUCCUCUGCUGGCUGCCCUUCUUCAUUGUGGCUCUGGUGAUGCCGUUCUGUCGGGACUCCUGCUACAUGCCCGGCUGGCUGGAGGCCGUUAUAAACUGGCUGGGUUACUCCAACUCCCUGCUGAACCCCAUCAUAUACGCGUACUUCAACAAAGACUUUCAGAGCGCUUUCAAGAAAAUAAUCAAGUGUCAUUUCUGCAAACCCUGACGGAUCCACAGUUUCUCCCACCUUUUCCUUUUUUCUUGUCUAAAAUGGGAUCUGAAGGCAUCCAGGUUCACAGAGACGCGCCCCAGAAACCCGCAGAAAUGAUCCCGAACAAUGACUCAGAGAGGGCUCUAACUGAUUCAUGUUGAUAAUCAUUGUUUAAUAUCUCCUGGCAUGUCUGUAGCCUAUGCAUAGAUAAAGCUGUGAUCGUUUAAUUGAGGCUCAUGUUCUUGUUCUAUAAUGUCUAA